CGAUGGGCUAUCGCGGCCAAAAAUAUUUCAGUAAAGGCAAGUAAGAUUUAUUACUAUGGUGACAAAAGAAAUGGGAAGAUUAGAAGUUGGACUACGCGUCGAAACAACCACCUAAGCAACCUGAGUGCGUCUUGGGAUCAAUUACAAACGGAUGCUGUUAAAGCAUUCUGGCUGAAUAUUAACCUGGAAAAGGCUGAGAUAGAACGGCAAUUGUCAGAGACUAUUUUGGGGCAGAAGUUAAUAGAACUAAGGCAAAAAGAAGUGGAUAUAGAAUUAUCCAAAGCUGAGUUUGUAAUAAGACAUUCUAUGACAGGGAAUAAAGGGCACGAAUUAUUAAAUAAUCAAAAAUUAAAAUAUAUGAAAAACCUUGAUGACGAUGAAGAAAUAGAAUUGGGAGAACCUUCUACAAGUAAAUCUAGAAAGAGAAAACCUGUUCGUUCUAAUGACGAUUUGACUGAGACUGAUAAGACUGAUGAUAGUGAAUAUUUUCCUAGUGAUAACGAUACAUUUGAUCCCUCCGACUCCUCUUGUUCAGAUCACAACCAUAAGAAGGCAAGUAACAUUAAUCAAAAAAUUGAUAAAGGGAAAAAACGUGCAGAUGUAAAAGAAACACGAAGUAUCAAUAUCUGUAGGACUCAAACGCGAAAUCGCAAGGUUUUAAGGACGCCAUCUCCAAGAUCAACCAAUAAAGCGAAUCUUAUUAUAACUCCAGAAAAACCAAGCCUUUCUGAAAAGUCAGCACAAUAUAUACAUAAUCAUAUAGCAAUAAAAACAAACGAGCAACAUGCAAUUUUAAAAACUGAGGGGGUUUCUAUAAAAAUUCCAGAUGCAAUUUAUAACUGGCUUGUCAAAACCAUUAAGAAAGAAUUUAAAACUGCCAUUAUGGUUCCAUUUGAACCCGAAGAAUGUGAAAACCUUCACCAUUUUCGACAAAUAUGUGAAUCGGUCCUUUAUGACUUAAUUGUCCCCCUCUUCAAGGCACUACAAUCAGAAUACCCAGAAUAUAAAUUCAGUUGGAUCGAGUUUGAAGUGAAAAGUAUUAGGGAAAUUGCAAAGGUGUUUCCGGGCUUUGAUUUAAUCAUAAAUAAAGCUGACGGUAUUGGGACUAAGGUUUCAUGUGACCAUGCAGUUGUAUUUAUUGAAGUAUCCGGUCGUCCCGGUAAACAGGAUGAAACCCACAUAGAAGGUGAUGCCGAAAAACUUUUAAAAGAAGCGACAUUUGGAUUGGUUUCAUUACUUAGAAAUUAUUUGGAUAAACCUGCAGAGGUGGCAAAGAACGUGCAU